AUGAUGGCAAGAGAAAGGGCCGUUCUAAUUAUUACAGGGGCUUGGCACGUGCCGGAGCACUACCACAAGCUCAUAACAGGACUGAAGGCCAAAGGGCUCCGAGUCAUAUGUGAAAGGCUGCCGACAAGCAACGGUGUCGUGCCACCCAAUAAGACCAUCCACGACGAUGUUCAGUUCAUCAAAGACAUAGUCGCCAAGGAAGCCGCUUUGGGCACCCAUCUCGCCGUCAUUGGACAUUCAUGGGGGGGUAUGGUCAGCUCUGCUGCGCUCGCAGAGUUCGCCAUCGAGCCAACCUCUGACAAGGGUGGCGUCACCGAUAUCAUCCUGCUGGCCGCAUUUGUCCCGUCCGAGGGCGACUCUCUCAUCGGCAUGUUUGGUGGCAGCCUCCCGCCGUACCUUGUGGCGCAUCCGGACGAUACCGUCACCUGGAUCAAUCCGAUCGAUCAUCUUUAUAACGACGUUGAGCCAGAUGAAGCCAAAUGGGCAAAUGACUUGUGCGUAGCGUUUGGCCACGCAGCACAGACCACACCGAUUCAGUGCGAAAGAGUCGCAUGGCGCGACAUUCCGCUGACCUACAUCAUCUGCGAGCUGGACCUGGCCAUCCCUGAAUCCGUUCAGACCCUGAUGAUUUCCAAGGUCGAGGAGCAGGGAAUAAAGGUCAGACAGUACAGGUUGGCAGCAUCGCACAGCCCUUUCCUCAGCAUGCCAGAGAAGGUGGUGGAUAUUGUGAUGGAAGUGGUGAGCUCGCACGGAGCUUAG